AACAACCGUGUGCUGUUGUCAGUUUUUAACUUGUUUGGUUCUGUUACUAACUCUGUUAUGUCCGAAACGAGUCGAAAACCCAAGUACAGCGAUUCUAAACAUCUGCCGAUCUACCGGUAUAAAGCCAAACUGAUUCAGGCUGUUGAAGAAAGCACUUUCCUCGUGGUCACCGGGGAGACCGGAAGUGGGAAAACAACGCAACUUCCACAGUACCUGUAUGAAGCAGGUUUUUCUAGAAAUGGUAAAAUAGGAGUCACCCAGCCCCGCCGGGUGGCUGCCAUCACGGUGGCCCAGAGGGUAGCCCAGGAGAUGGACUGCACUCUGGGAAAGGAGGUUGGAUAUCAAGUGCGCUUUGAUGACUGCACGUGCCAGGACACGGUGGUGAAGUACAUGACUGAUGGCUGUCUGCUCCGAGAAGUCCUGGCAGAUCCUGGACUCUCUCAGUACAGCGUUAUAAUACUGGACGAGGUUCAUGAACGCAGCCUCAACACAGACAUUCUUCUUGGCUUGUUGAAGAACAAUUUCUCCAACCCUUCAAAGGCCACCAAGGGCCGAUCCUUCCCCCUCAAAGUGGUGGUGAUGUCUGCCACCUUAGAAACGGACAAACUUUCAGCUUUCCUCAGCUGCUGUCCCGUCUUUGCCAUCCCUGGGAGGGUGUUUCCUGUAGAGUGCACAUUUGGAUCAGCUGUCAAACCCAAAGAUGUAGAAAGCACUGCUUAUGUCAAAGAGGUGGUUAAAGUGGCUCUGGAUGUGCACACCAGUGAGCUGGCUGGGGAUAUUCUUGUAUUUUUGACAGGCCAGUCAGAGAUCGAGCGUGCCUGUGACCUGUUGUUUGAGAAAGCGGAGAGUAUCGACUAUCGCUAUGAUGUGCUCGACCAAACGGUGGAGGGCCUUCUCAUUUUACCCCUUUAUGGAUCUAUGCCCACUGAUCAACAGAGACGGAUUUUUCAGCCUCCCCCUCCAGGCAUAAGAAAGUGUGUCGUAGCCACAAACAUUGCAGCAACAUCUUUAACCAUCAAUGGGAUAAAGUAUAUCGUCGACAGUGGUUUUGUGAAGCAGCUCAACCAUAACUCACGGGUGGGCAUGGACGUGCUGGAGGUUGUACCAAUCUCAAAGAGUGAAGCUGAGCAGAGGGCGGGCCGAGCAGGAAGAACCUCCUCUGGCAAGUGUUUCCGAAUUUAUACCAAGGAAUUCUGGGAAAAGUGCAUGCCUGAGUAUACAGUACCAGAGAUCCAGAGGACGAGUCUGACUGCAGUGAUCCUCACUCUCAAGUGUCUCGGCAUUCACGAUGUUAUCAGGUUUCCUUAUCUGGACCGUCCAGAGGAGAGGUUUAUUCUAGAGGCGCUGAAACAGCUCUACCAGUUUGAUGCCAUAGACAGGAGAGGCAGAGUGACUAAACUCGGGGAGCUGAUGGUGGAGUUCCCUUUACACCCGGGUCUCACCAGGGCUUUGCUCAAAGCUGCUUCGGUUGGGUGUGAGGAGCUGCUGCUUCCUGUGGCGGCCAUGCUGUCUGUGGAGAACAUCUUCAUUAGGCCGGGUGAUCCUGACAACCAGAAGGAGGCAGAUAAGAAGCACAGAGCUCUGGCAGCAAAGACCGGUGGGAUGAAUGACUUUGCAACACUCCUCAGUGUGUUUCAGUCCUGCAAAUCCAGUGACCGACCAUCCGCAUGGUGUAAGGAUAACUGGAUCCACUGGAGGGCGCUAAAGUCUGCUUUCAGUGUGGAGACUCAGCUUAGAGAGAUCCUCCUCCGCCUCCAGCAGAGGAAAGAUUUCCCUGUUGAAACAUUUGACGGCAAUAAAAGCGAGCUCUUCAGACGAUGCCUGUGUGCCGGAUACUUCACCAAUGUUGCCAGAAGUUCUGUCGGAAAGGUGUUUUGCACAAUGGAUGGUCAUGGAUCUAUGGUUCACAUUCAUCCAUCAUCAUCUCUGUUUGAGCAGGAAGUAGAUCUGAACUGGGUCAUCUUCCACGAUGUGCUGGUGACCUCGCGGAUCUACAUCAGGACAGUGUGUCCAAUUCGAUAUGAGUGGGUAAAGGAUUUAUUACCAAAACUCCAUGAAGUGGAUGUUUACGAGCUGAGUAGUGUGGCAAGAGAAGAAGUCACUGAUGAGGAGAUGAUGAAAUGGGAGACCAGAGAGGCUGCCAAAAGACAACAAGAAGUGUCUACUGUCGACGUUGUGAAGAAACUGGAGAGGCGAAACGAUGAGACCUCUGUGAGCGAUGCUCGAGCUCGCUACCUGCAGCGAAAGCAACAGAGACAACAAAACAAAGCACUUUGAUUGAAACAACUCUGAUUUUGUGUAUAUGAUUGGUAGACAUAAACAUGUCUUUGUUUUUUUUAUUCUUUGAAUAAACGCCUACAUUUAACAUUG